AUGACAAAGGCUGCAAAUCAAGUGUACACCAUUCAACAGCUUAGUCCAGAACAAGUUAACAUUGUCAAGGCUUCAGUUCCAAUAUUGAAAGCUCUGGGUCAGGAACUCACCAAGAACUUUUAUCAGAAAAUGCUCUCCAGUUAUCCUGAAGUAAAGCCGUUUUUCAAUGAAUCUGAUCAAAAACUGUUACGUCAACCCAAAAUUCUUGCAUUUGCAUUGUUGAAAUAUGCCGAAAAUAUUGAAAAUUUGGAACCCUUGACUGGGUUUGUUCAGCAAAUUGUCACGAAACAUGUGGGACUCCAGGUCAAACCAGAACACUAUCCAAUUGUUGGAACUUGUCUUCUCAACACCAUGGAAAAUAUGUUGGGAGAAUUAGCGACACCUGAAUUUCUUCAAGCAUGGGCAACUGCCUAUGGAAACUUGGCUCGGUUGUUGAUCAACGCCGAGGAUACUUGUUACCAGAAACAACCUUGGAACGGGUUCAAGGAAUUCACCAUUGAAAAAAUACAAAAUGAAGCAAGCGAUGUGAAAUCAGUCUAUUUUUCACCAACCGAUAAAAGUGCAAUUGCAACUCCUCAGAGAGGUCAGUAUGUCUGUAUUCGUUGGAAACUUCCAGGGCUGGAGUUUGAAAAGAGUAGAGAGUAUUCUCUUUUCUGA